AUGCGAUGCCCCUGGCAGGCUUCGAAACAGGUGCAUCCAUUGGCUGGGGGCCGUGAGCUGGUGCUGUGUCCGUCCAUGCAGAAGCCAGGUGGCCGGGUCUGCCAGGUCUGCCAGGUCUGCCGGGUCUGCCUGUGGAAAGUUUGCAUUGCCACCUUUGGGAUGCUCUUGACUUUCCGCGCCAGCAGGAAACAUGGAGCCGUCGGGACGAGGGAAUUGGCCAAUGGCUAG